GGGAGCAGAUCUGCUCAGUAUCUAAAGAUGAAAGCCAUUGUUGAAGUCACCAUCUGUCUUAUUACAGUUUUAGGUUCUGUGAAGUCAGCUGAAGUAUUUUAUGGGAUUGAAGGUGGAAAUGUAAAGAUUGAUUGCACAUAUCAACAUGAAUAUAACGAGAAUGGAAAGUACCUGUGUCGUACUCGAUGGAUACCAAAUAAUGCACUAAUCAGCAGUGGUGACCCAGAGACUAAGGGGAGAUUCUCUCUGUAUGAUAACCGGUCAACGAGAGUCUUCACUGUGACCAUCACAGAGUUGACACAAAAAGAUGCCGGGACAUAUUACUGUGGAAUUGAUAUAAAGAGAAAUGUGGAUGAAUACACUGAAGUGGAAGUGACUGUCAAUAAAGCUCCGAAAACCCCACCCACCACAACUCGUGCCACACGCUCAAGAACCACCCCUUCCACCACUACUGUGAAGGGGAACACAGACAAUGGACAAACAAGGGAUUGUACAUCCAGCAGCCCUACAGGCGAUGCCUGUUCUGGUGGAACUGUUCUGGUGACAGUCCGCAUCUGA